AUGUCACUCCAAGUCAACGACCCACGGUCGCGCGGCCGUUCCAAGUCUCCGAGCGGGCGCAUCCGCGAACGUUCCAAAUCUCGCGACACGCGACUCCCAUCGGACACUCCAAGAUCAUCAACAUACCGUGUCUCGGACGUUGGAGAUGAGUACCUACAAUCGCGGCCUCGCGAUCCUCGAGACAGAGGGGGCCAGCGGGCCAGUUCUCGCUAUGAUCUCUCAGACUCAGAGUCGGGACCAGAUCGGAGCAAGGGCAAAGGCAAAUACUCGCGAACUGAGCGCCGCCAUGACAAUUACUAUCAUUCCGAUUCGGGGGAGAGCAAGACUACAAGACGCGACGAGCAGAAGAGUUACGCGCGACCGUCGCACCUUCGACCAGUGAAGUAUGACAGCCACUCGGAUGAUUCCUACUCGGAUUCAGGAGACGAUGCACUUGCAUAUGGCGACAUCCCCAGCGAUCUGGAGCGCGAUUACUACGGCUACAAGAGCCCUGCUCGUACCUCCGCGACCAGGGUCGAUGGCCCAGUGAUGUCUGGAGCGCUUAACGGCGCUCCGCAUGUCAAGCAGGAAUCCUCGCGCUCCCGUCAUACUUCGAAGGAGGAUAUCUCUGGCCCUCAACCCACCCAUGCUGCGCCAGGACGGUUCCAAUAUGUCAUGCCGAAUCAGUAUGGUCAUAUUCAGCCCAUGAACCCCGGUUACCCAGGCUAUCCGCCCACGUCCUCGGUGCCACCAUCCAACUGGGCACCGAUUCCGGAGUGCGAACGACCAGGGUUUGUGCCGCCGUCGUCGCAGGCCGAAGCUCAGCAUAUGCCGGGUGCAUUCCCGCCGCCGGUGUCGACCUAUCCCGAAAUGACUGCUGCCACAACUGCUCCAGUGUUCCCAAUGCCACAGUACACGAACUUCGAACAGCACAACCCGUACGUCCCACAGACUACUCGCCCACUGUCGGGUGCGACGACCAACGCCUAUGCUCCCCAAGUUAACUCUCCUACCCAUCAGCGAGCUGCAUCGAGUGAUACGAGCAAUUAUCCGGGAUAUGCUAACCCAGCGCCCUUUCAAUAUGCCCAUAUUGAUCCCAAUGUCAAGUAUACCUCGAAAACGGGCUCGGCGCCUUAUACCUACCCCGUCAACUCUCAGUCCUCGAAGCCAAGUGCAGCUCCAAAACCCGCGGCCUCGAAGACUGAGCCACAACACCCGGGAGUCAGAUACACUGCAGCCCCACAGCCGCCGCCUCAGACACCAACCUCGUCCAGCCGCCGGGAAAAUGAACAGCGAUUUAUUGAGAUUACGCCCGGAGGCCGAACCGGCGGUCGACCCGCCAGUCUCUCGGUUUCAUCCGCAAACAACCUUAACGUCGCGGGGGCAGACCCGAAUCUCCGGCCUGCAAGCCCUCUAUUAGAGGCUUACAAGGGAACUUAUCAAUCCAUAUCUCCCAUGCCAUCGCCCAUCGUCAUGCCCUCCAGAUACGAUGAAGAUGUAUCGGAUCUCGAACCCCUUGACGGCAGCUCUGAUACCGACGGGAGACGUAGACACUCGCGGAAGAAGUCCAAGGACGAGCGGGAUCGCAAAGAGCUGAAACCCGACCGGCCGAAGCGGGACAGCAGCCGGAUCCGGGAUAGCAGCCGUGUACGGCACGGGCGACAGGACUCUGAGCAGGCCGUGAUGGUGAUCUCACCCAGCAGCACCCGCAAGCGGGUGACGUUCUAUGACCCCGGCCCGGAUGCGAAAUUGAUGCAAGAGGCGCUGUCACACACCAUCAAUAUUGACACGAAGGCCAUUACCCGGGUCCUGCCUCACCUAACAAGCGAGGAAAUGCUAGACCUGCGGAAGGAAUACAAGAGCCAAGUGAAACUGCAGGGCAAAGGAAUCAACAUGGCGAAGCACAUCCGGCUCAAGUUGGGCAACAGCGCCUUUGGCAAAGUAUGCUACGCCACCGCGCUGGGACGCUGGGAGUCCGAGGCGUACUGGGCCAACUGCUACUACCAGUCAAGUACAUCCCGGCGGGAACUGCUGAUCGAGUCCCUAAUGGGCCGCAGCAACGGUGAGAUCCGCGCGAUUAAGGAAUGCUUCCGCGAUUCGCGGUACCUGGACAGUCUAGAGAAAUGCAUGAAAUCGGAGUUGAAGGCGGACAAAUUUCGAGUCGCUGUGCUACUUGCCCUCGAGGAAACCCGUCAGAGUGAACGGGACCCGGUGGAUCCUGAUCUGGUCCAGCGCGACGUCCGGGACCUGUAUGGGGCGUUGAUGUCACGGCAUGGGGGCGAGACCGCGAUGAUCUACAUCAUUGUGCGACGCAGCGAUGCUCAUCUGCGGGAGGUGCUGCGCAUGUAUGAGAAGGUUUAUAAGCAGAACUUUGCCCGUGCGAUGAUUGCCAAGUCCCAGAAUCUUGUGGGUGAAACGCUUGCCCACAUCCUCAACGGGGCAAUCAACCGGCCCAUGCGCGAUGCCCUGCUCCUGCACCAAGCGUUACGGGAGUCUCGCACGGGCAAGGAGCGCUCCGAGCUCUUGAUUUCGCGUCUGGUCCGUCUGCACUGGGAACCACGACACCUGGAACAGGUGAAGAACGAAUACCGCCGACGCUAUGGGGAGAGGCUGGAGGAAGCGAUUGCUGAAGAGAUCCUGCCGAGCAGCGGCGGAAGCGAGUGGGGAGAGUUUUGUAUUGAGUUGGCGCGCAGCUCGAAGAAUCUUGUUGGACGGUGA